GGGAUGAAAGAAAACAUUUAAAAAAAAAACGGAAAAAGGGUCAAGUAUACUCAUGUACUAUCAAAGAUAGUUUGAAUAUAUUUCUCGUUUGAGUUUCGGUUCAAAUAUACCCCUCCUGUUAUAGUUUUGAUUCAAAUAUACCCCUCAAAUCAUAUUUGACACGAAGUUGCCUUUAAUUUUGCCAAAGGAACACGCGGAAAGCUCAAAGUGAAAUGAUCAACCCAAUUUAAAUAACGGAUCGCUUUAAAAAGCCAACCAUCUAACCAAUCCCUGACCUAUUCCUUCCACUUUGAGAUCUUUUCUUUUCAUCUUCUUCUUCAAAUAAUCCAGAAAACCUCUUUGGUUUGUCAAAAAAAAAAAAAAAACCAGAGAGAGAUAGAGAUUAGUCAAGCAAUGGCUGCUUUACCAAUAUUUCCUCACUUACCAAAUUUCCAGUCGAGUAUUAUUCGGAGAUACAAUAGCACUGACGUAAAGGCAAAUUAUCAAUGUAGCCUAAUAUUUGGAACAUAUCCUAAUUUCCGUUUCUACACUUGUGAACUGGCAGUACGAUCAACAAUAAUGAGCCAAGCAUUAAUGGAUCCUUCUUCAAGCAGCUCUUCGCGUCCUUUGGCUAAUUUUCAUCAACCGUUUGGGGUUACCAUUAUUUUCUCUCGUGCACUUCUCAACAAACUGAAAUUAGUACCCAAGAGAAACACGAACUUGAAGAGUUAAGAGAAAAGGUCAGGAAAAUGUUGGUGGAAACUCCAGAUAAUAGUGCACAAAAACUUGUAUUGAUUGAAACAAUCCAACGACUGGGAGUCGCAUAUCAUUUCAAUAAUGAGAUCCAAACAUCCAUUCAGAACAUCUUUGAUACGACGUCCCAACUAGAGAGUGAGAAUAAUAUUGAUGACAAUCUUUACGUUGUUUCUCUUCGUUUCCGACUACUGAGGCAACAAGGUCAUUACAUGUCUUCUGAUGUGUUCAAGCAAUUCACGGACCAUGACGGAAAAUUCAAGCAAACUCAUGAUGUCCAAGCAUUAUUAAGUUUGUAUGAAGCAUCACAUAUGAGAGUGCACGAGGAAGAGAUUCUUGAAGAAGCCUUUAGGUUUACCACCACUCAUCUCGAGUCCAUGGUCCCCAACUUGAGCAACUCGCUUAAGGUUCAAGUUAUUGAAGCCUUAAACCAGCCUAUUCGUAAAACUAUACCAAGGGUGGGAGCAAGGAAAUACAUAUAUAAUUACGAAAACAACGAAGAGCAUAAUGAUUUACUCUUGAAAUUUGCAAAAUUGGAUUUUAACAUGUUGCAAAAGUUGCACCAGGAAGAGCUUAACGAGAUAGCAAGCUGGUGGAAAGAUUUGGAUAUUGCAAACAAAUUGCCAUAUACAAAAGAGAGAUUUGUGGAGAGUUACUUGUGGAUAAUCGGAAUGUCUUUUGAGCCCCAAUAUAGUGGAGUGAGAAGAAUGCUAACGAAAGUAAUCAACAUGAACUCUAUCAUUGAUGACACCUAUGAUGCUUAUGGAACCUUUGAUGAACCUGUGUUUUUCACUAAUGCGAUUCAGAGAUGAAAAAGUUGGUGACCGCCUAUAUGAAGGAAAAAGAUUGGUUGAAUGCUGGCUACAUUCCAAAAUGUAAGGAGUAUAUGGAAAUAGCAGUAGUCACCGCUACUUGUAUAAUGGAUGCAACACAUCACUUGAUUGGUAUGGAGGAACUUGUGACAAAAGAGACUAUUGAGUGGAUGUCAAAUGGGCUUUCGAUUGCGCGUGCUGCUUCAAAAGUGGGCAGAUUAAUGGAUGAUAUUGCUGACCAUGUAGUUGAUCAAAAAAGAGUACGUGUUGCUUCAAUUGUUGAAUGCUACAUAAAGGAACAUGGAGUUUCAAAGGAGGAUGCGUAUGUUGAGAUUCGAAAGGAAGUCACGAAUACAUGGAAAGACACAAAGAAGGAAUUAGUCCACCCUAUGGAAGCGCCAAUGUUUGUCCUCGAACGAGCUUUAAAUUUUGCACGAAUUGCAGAUACUAUUUUCGAAGGUGGUCAAGACGGAUACGCAGAUCCCAAAACCAAAACUAAACCUGAUUACUUCAUUGUUGGUUGAAUCCAUCAACAUCUGUCGACAAUGCUCCUUCAGGCAAGUCUUUGGAGCAAAUAAGGAAGGUUUACUAUAUAUGUUCUGACAACUAAUUGUAAUUUCUCUAACAAAAGGUUUAUCCUAAUUAAUGGAUGAUAUUGUUUUGUUGUCAGUUAUAAGUGAGAAGGGAAUAUUGUAAUUUUGGUUCCUGAGUUAGUCUUAUUCCAGCUUUAUUCAUUCCUAUAUAUGUUAUUUGAUGAUACUUUACUGUUGUCAGUUAUAUGUUAUAAAGGAAAAUAGUAAUUUUGGUUCAUGAGUUAGUUUUA